GUGUGUGUGUGAUUGUUUCUUGCUUCUGGAACUGAAUGAACCCCACGGGAGUUUGGACCCUCAGAUAUGAUGGUCACUGACGGAUCGUUUUGAUGUCUCGGAGACAGGUGUGUAACUGUUUGAUGCUGGUGUUCGGGGUGGUCCUCAACAGUCUGGCCCUCUGCGUGUUCUGUGGAUCCACUAACCAGUCGGCCUCUGUGGUUUACACCAUGAACCUGGCUGUGGCUGACCUGCUGGUGGCGCUGUCCCUCCCCGCCCGCAUUGCCCUGUACCACAGUGGGGGGAGCUGUGUGGCCUGUGCCUACGUCCACACCUUUAGCUACUUUGUCAACAUGUACUGCAGUAUCCUCUUUCUGACCAGGUGGGUGGGACACGCCUUGCUGCAGUUACCACAGUUUGUAUGUUUUUGUGUCUUUGUCUUCAUUUCUCAUGUGGGCUACGUUUCCAGUAUCUGUAUAGAUCGAUACCUUGCUGUUGUACAUGCAGCCAACACUCUCCAUCGAUGGAGGACUGCAGCAGCGGCCAGGUGGAUCAGCGUCAUUGUUUGGCUGACAGCAGUUGUGGUCACCUACUCUUUCCAGACCACAGCUUUUGAGCUCAGCACCUCCUGCGUGCUCCUUCCCACCCUUUUCUACCUCACCAUCCUGGAGUUCCUGCUCCCCCUGCUGGCCGUUGUGGGCUUCACUCUGCGUGUGGCUUGUUUUCUCUCCACGAGCCGAGGUCCGAUCCCACAGCAGAGCCGGUUGAGGAGAGCGCGCGCCAUCAAGCUGCUGGUGACCGUCCUGGUGGUCUUCACUGUCUGUUUCACCCCUUUUCAUAUCCGGCAGGUGCUUGUUUACUUUAGGGUACAGGGGGGAUGGGAGGGGCUGAGACACCAGGCGGGACAUGUCCUUGCCUAUCAUGUGACAGUGACCCUGAGCAGCCUGAACAGCUGCUUGGACCCAGUGGUUUACUGUUUCGUGACAGACAGCUUCAAACGGGUGUGGAGGAUGAAGAAGAGGGGAGGGAGGGAAGAAGAGCGGGACAGGGAAGUGGGGCAUACAAGCCCGGGAGAAGAGGAGAAGAUUUCAGGUAUGGCACUGCAGGCGAUAGCUCAAGGUGUCAUGGUGCUGUCCCUCACCAGCGCACCCCUAUCUGUAACCAACAUAGACCAGUCCACUACACCCUGACAUCAGGAGAUGUUACCUUCCAGACAGAAUGAGACACACAUGGACACCAUCUGUCCCAAAGAUGGACAGUAUGGAGAACAUAAUGGGAGGAAAAGAUGCAGAGGAAAAGACAGAGAAGAGUCU